GCCCAACCCUCUACGGGAGCAGCAGCUCGUUCCGUGUUGGGAGCACUGCGCAUCCUUGCCGCCGUCUCGGAGGCUCCUGGCCGCAGCGUGGGGCGACUUCGUCUAUCGUGGGCCUAGUGCCUGUUCUCGUCCCCUUCAUCCCUCAUUCCCAUCACCUCCCGGAGGCAAGCAGCGCCCGGGUGCUUCCUGCUGCUGGAUCGCCCCCAGCAAGGCCAUGGCGUGGCACGCCCUGCAGAAGAGAGUCAGGGGGCUCUUCAGCAGUAGGCGACAGCAGUCGCCAUCCAGUAGCCCGUCUGGUCAGCCCUGUGCCAACACCACCGGUGCCUCCGAGCACAAGGAGAAGGUCCAGGGCAGGCUGCACCGCGCGGCUGCCUGUGGCAACCUGGCCUGGCUGAGACGGUGGCGCUGGUAUUACAAGAGAGUCGCCUUCGACCUACCAGACCAGCAGAGGUGGACGUCUAUGCAUCUUGCUUCUGUGAAUGGCCACACAGAUGUCAUUAGAUAUCUAGCAGGAAAGAACUGCAAACUGGAUGUGGCUGAUAACUUAAAAAGAACUCCACUGAUGAGGUUGCAGGAGGUGGAAGAAAAAUAUCUAAAUUCUCAGCGUUGUGUUCAGAAUUUGAUGGCUGCCUUGGAGGAGAAGGAAAGAGAAACAACAGCUUCUGCCAUGAAACUGCAGGACCAGGUGUUGGAAUAUUUGGAGACUGUGAAACAACUGGAAGAAUACAUGGAACGCCUUGAAUUUGAAAAUACCUGUUUGGUAGCAACUGUCCAGCAACAAAGGAAGACGACUGAAGCCCUGCAGAGAAACCUGCAAGCCACUACCUCACCACUACUGAGGUUGAAACUGGAUUUGCUUAACAUUCAAAGAAGUUUUCAUUUGCCCAAGGAUCCCGUUUGCAGAGCAAAAGUACCAUGAUGUUUUAACCAAAAAUUAAAAAUUUUGAAUG